GUAGGCGCGCGCAUUGAAUCAUAAUUUCUUCAGUUCCCUGUCUAAGCGUUUUUGUUAGUGGUCAUUGAUUAUUCAUUAUAAGAACAUUAUUCCUAUAGCUAAACUCACACGCCCCCCUGCAACGACGCACCACCUAUUUAAAGGCUAGACAAAACCCUAUCAAUAGCUGGUCGUCACAUCGUUUUGGCCGUCAGCGUAGACCGCUACUUUCUAGUUUAGUAUCGUAUUCGGACAAUCUGUCAUCGAGCUCAUGAAUCCUUUUCAGUCUUUUUUGGACAAAUCACACGUUGCUGAAGAAGUAACCAGUGGGGAGUCUUCUGGUUACAUUUCAGAUAGUCAUGGGAUGUCCAUUUAUGGGACAGGCAGAAGUUAUACGCUAACCUUUGAUGACGCAAGAUUACAACCUUCACGUCGAAUGUCCUGUCUCACUAUUUUGUCUCGUAAAUCGGCUUUCCCUGUAAAAAAUAAGCUCUCGGUGAAUACACCACUACAACCUAAAAGAUUUGGGUUUUGCACAUCUUCACCUGUAAAUGAAUCCAUGCCGUCUUGUUCAGUCCCGUUUCUCCAGGAGGAGAGUAAAGUGAAGAAAGCUCGUGCUAGUGUGGCCUUGAAAAAAGUGAACGUUUUACCACCCCGACUAGUGUGUUCUCCGGCACUUAUCACAAGUGAGAAACUUCCGGCUGGAAGAAAACGUGGAUUGCCAGUUCCAUCGACGUCUUCUAUUCCGUCGACCAGUCGUCAACUAAGAUCGGGGUGCAAUGUGGGUGCGAGUGAGGUAUCUUCUCAGAGGUCUCGAUAUUCAAUGGUGACCGAAACAUUUCCACACAAGAGAAGCAAAAUGUCAACAGAGAGUGAAGACGAGCCUAUAGCAGCACGUUUGAGACGACGCAACCGAAUUUUUCAUAUGGAGAUGUAAGUUGCUAUUAUUUCCCAGAAGUUUACAGAGCAAAAUAAAUCAACAUUUUAU